AUGUCUGCAGAUGAGAAGCUCGCCGAAUUAGAAGCCCAGAUCAAGGAAAAUGCGGAGAGAAUACAAGGUCUGAACACCGAGUUAAGAGUUUACAACCAAGAAACAGAACAGUUCAUCGCCCUCUUACGGGAUCAAGAGGGUAUCCAGAUCUCCAGCUUGGAUCACCAAGACGCCGAAGCAAGCCUUAGGGAAGAAUAUCAUGAUGGAGGCGAAGGCGUCUUCGAGGAUAUCGAUCUUCGCACGCCCCAGUCAUAUCACCGUCCUCAGGCACAGGGAAUGCUACCAGGUGCCCAUCAUGCUGGGCCUUCCCCACCCGAGCGAUCGACUGAUUGGAAUAGCGCAGCCGCACGAGCAGCGGCACUUUGUCUGGCCCUCGUCAUCCCCGGGGCCAGCGGCGAGCUUCUUGAGUUCCCGAUCGAGAUGCAUGAUCUUGCAUUUGUGCUACAAGAGACGCUCAAAAGGAAGGGCUGGCGCAAAGAUUGUAUUAGUAUUGCUAUCGAAGGCUUCCUCGAGCGACCUAUGAUACGAAUCAUGCACGAGAGGGGUUAG